AUGCCCCUUUUCAGGAGCAAAAAGGCCAAAUCCUCACCGCGACCAUCCAUCUCCUCUCCUCCGUCGCAACCACCGCAACUCCAGCAGUAUCCUCCAAGCUCCGGCGACCAACUGGUGCACCCCGCGUUUAGUGCUCCACCGGACCCCAUUCACCCGCUCAUCAACAGCAACAGGAGCAACAACAACAACAGCAAUCCUCACAUCGGCCCGGUCAAUCACCGCUACUACACCGACUAUCGUCAAUCGGACGGUGAUCGUCCCCUCUACGACGGGCCGGAGCGCUCCUCGACGGACGAGCUUCCCCCUCCAUUCCCAGGUGCGUCGUCGUCGCAGCAUCAGUCUGAACCACGGGUCCGACCUUCGUCACUGCACCGCUCGCAGAGCUACCGUCAGCCCCACCUCCGGCAUCCCGACCCUCCCCAUUCACAAACACAACAACGCCAGCACGACCGAUCGACGAUCGCCUUGAUCGCAAACGAGAAAGAGAACUCGCAACCUCGCCGGCCCAGGAAGAAUUUUCUCGGACGUCCGGCCUCCGGACUGGUGGAACGCAGAUUGUCCGUCAAGGGCAAACCCUUCUCGCACUCGACCUCGCAACCGUCGUCGCCGCAGGUCGCGUCGCCGCCAGGGCUGGGCCCGACCGAGGACGAACCCUACAGUCACCGACCGAGUCAGUCAAGCAAUUCCUCCUCGACAUCUCAAAAGGCUUCGUGCGGAUCACGGGUGUCAUCGUUGCCUUUGCAACAGCAACGGUAUCAGCCAUCCCAGCGUGACCCGUUGGAACCCUCGCGGCAGCCAGCGUUCCUGGGCCGAUCGCAACCUGUACUUCGGCCGCCAGCCUCAGCGCAAUUGCAAUCUCAGGGGCAGACACCCUCUCCCUCGCAAGACAUCACGCUAGAGGAAGCGCUGAAACUACCCCCUCCGCCUCCAUUGAUCUCUUCCAGGCGAACCAACACCGAUCCGGUCUUGGGCCAUCGAACAAGCGGGCGCGCAGUGGGAACCGACACAUCCCCAGCUCCCGGGUCACUCUCGCAGGAUCAAGAACGACGGAAUCGCCGAGGAAACCAACUUCUCUCACGGGCACCGCAGCAGGACCUGGUACAACCCUCCCGGACCCCAUCCCAGCACACCUUGGAGUCUUCUUCCCGCGGCAGUCUACAAAGUCAUCCUGACGCCAUGCAGCAGGCAGCAUCAAAGUCACCACAGCCCCCAGCCCAGCUUAACCACUCCACUCCGCAGAGCCAAUCUCAUCCGCCGCAAUCGCAAGAGAGUCAAGGAUCGCCAUCCGCUCACGAGCCGCACUCGGACGACUCACACCGCCAGAGUAGUCAGCCUCACACCAUGGCGGACACGGCGACAUUCACCCCGGUGGGCCAUCGAGGGGCCGACGACAUGAGUGAGAUUGACGUGCGCGCAUUAUUGCAGAAACAUGAAGAGCUGCAAACGAAAUAUUCCAAGGUGAAGCGAUACUACUUUGACAAGGAAGCUCAGGUGCAGCAUCUCCAGAACACCGUCGCACAUCAACGGAUGGCGGUCUCCCGGACGGUCCUGGACGACAACGAGUAUGCGAAUCGAUUUAUCCGCUUGGACGGGGCCAUCAAAGAUUUGGCCUUCUCGGUUCGGAAAGAUUGGCGGACCGUUCCUGGGUGGCUGCAUGGACUGGUCACGGAAGAGACCACCGCCAAAGAGAUGACGGCGGCAGGUCGCGCCGUGAUCAGUCGGUGGUUGGUGGAAGAAGUCUUUCACCGUCAUUUCCACCCCCGACUGGACCCAGCGCUGAGUAUUCAGUUGAAAAGCAUCGAGAUGAACCUACGCCGGCAGCAAGUGCGACCGCCUACGGAGGAGGAACGAGAAAAUGUGCUGGUCCGGAUCUCCAACUGGCGACGCACGACGUUUGACGGACUGGGUGACGUCCUCUCCACGCCAGCGGCGCAAAAGCAUCGUGACGGGCUGGUGGAUUACUUGACGGCGGAUCUGGCUGGGUUCCUCAGCAGCCAGUUGCACGAAUCUGCCCAGCCGGGCCUGGAAGCAGGGGUGCGCAUGAUCAUCGAGAAUACCCUCAACAUCACGGAGAAGAUCCCGCUGGAAGCUCGGGAUGUCUCUGUAGAAUACUUCCUCCCCCAUAGCUCGUUCGAUGAAGCAUACAUGAAGACGGAAGGUGUGCUGCCUCCGCUCAAGCAUCAACCGUCUCCGCCACCACCUGCUACCCCCGCCGACGUGGACGGUGAGGAGGGGGGCGCCCCCGAGGGUAGUAGCGAAGCAUCCUUGGCGUCGAGUUCUCUGAGUGCUGGGGAUGCCGGAUCAGCGCCCCCACAGAAGACUCCCCGGAAAUCGGUGUUUGGAGCACUCAUGGGUCGUCGACCCUUGGGCCCUGCAUCGGGCCGAUCCCCCGCGGGCGCAGUGCAUGAAGAGAAACUCCCGCCGGUGGACGACCGUGAGAAUGCCUCUCGGAUCCGAUUUGCCUCGUUCCUGGCCGUUGAAGUUCGUGGAAAGGGCACCCCCGUCGUCUUGGUGAAAGCUCCCGUCUGGCUGCUUGCGUGA